GCGGGCCGGACGGAGGGGCCAUGGGGCGGCCGGGGGAGCCCGGGCCGGGCGGCGGAGCGCGGGGGCCCCCCGUGCCCACCUACGGCUGGGAGGAGAUCCGGAAGCACUGCCUGCCCACCGACAAGUGGCUGGUGAUGGAGCGGAAGGUGUAUGACAUCAGCCGCUGGGCCGAGCGGCACCCCGGGGGCAGCCGCCUCAUCAGCCACCACGCGGGAGAAGAUGCUACGGAAGCUUUCCACGCCUUCCAUCAGGACCUGGGUUUUGUGAGGAAGUUCCUGAAGCCCCUGCUAAUUGGGGAGCUGGCCCCUGGGGAGCCCAGCCAGGACAGACAGCAAAACGAGCAGCUGAUCGAGGAUUUCCGAGCCCUGCGCCGGGCCAUGGAGGACAUGAAGCUGUUUGAGGCCGACACCAAGUUCUUCUCCCUGAUCCUGGGCCACAUCUUGCUCAUGGAGGGGCUGGCCUGGCUGGUGAUCUACCUCCUGGGCGCCGGCUGGGGCCCCACCCUCCUCGCUGCCGUGGUCCUGGCCAUCUCCCAGGCCCAGAGCUGGUGCCUGCAGCACGACCUCGGCCACGUCUCUGUCUUCAAGAAGUCCAGAUGGAACCAUGUGGGCCAGCAGUUUGUGAUGGGACAGCUGAAGGGUUUCUCAGCCCACUGGUGGAACUUCCGUCACUUCCAGCACCACGCCAAGCCCAACGUCUUCUACAAGGACCCGGACGUGACCCUGGCCCCUGUUUUUCUGCUGGGAGAGUCGUCGGUGGAGUACGGCAAGAAGAAGCGGCGGUACCUCCCCUAUAACCACCAGCACCAGUAUUUCUUCCUAAUUGGGCCGCCCCUCCUCACGCUGGUGAAUUUUGAGGUGGAAAACCUGGCUUAUAUGCUGGUGUGCAUGAAGUGGGCGGACCUGCUCUGGGCCCUGAGUUUUUACGUCCGAUUCUUCACGUGCUAUGUCCCCUUCUACGGCAUCCUGGGAACGCUGCUCUUCUUCAUCUUGGUCAGGGUCCUGGAGAGUCACUGGUUCGUGUGGAUCACCCAGAUGAAUCACCUCCCCAGGGACAUCGGCAGCGAGAAACACCGGGAUUGGGUCAGCGGCCAGCUGAAAGCCACGUGUAACGUGCAGCCCUCGCUCUUCGUGGAUUGGUUCUGCGGCCACCUCAACUUCCAGAUUGAGCAUCACCUCUUCCCAACGAUGCCCCGGCACAAUUACCACAAGAUCGCGCCGCUGGUCAAGUCCCUGUGCGCCAAGCACGGGCUCAGCUACGAGGUCAAGCCUUUCGCCCAGGCGCUGAUGGACAUUGUCGGGACCCUGAAGAAGUCUGGCGACGCUUGGUUGGAGGCUUACCUCCAUGAGUGAAGCUGCCAGGUGGGGAAGCCCGGGGCCCCCUGACCGCCCCCUCCCCCCACGGGGGCACCUUCAGUGCGUGGCCCCGACUCUCGGCCUCGGGCUCCGUGGCUGAUUCCGGGGGGAGGAAGGGCCAGCCGGCGAGCCCCCGGGCCCGACCCCAAACAGCUGGGCCCCAACUGGCCCCGGGCCAGCACGGCGUCUUCCUGGGCCCUUUGAAGCCCACCCGGAGCCCCGGCCCCGCCUGGAGAGGCCCCGGAGGACGCGGCCGGGGGCCACAGACUCGGGGCGCCCGUUGCCCUGGGAGACCGCAGCCUCCUUUCUUGGGCAUUGUGGGCCUCCGCCUGGGCCUCCACUUCCGGCCUGGUUUGUGAGCACCGAAGGAUAAUGAUUAAAAGCGCGCUGAUAAAUCGGAA